GGGCGCGGGGCGGCGGCCACCCCGCGAGGAGCGCGGGCGGCAUGCGGGAGGCCGAGGCGGGCGCGGCCGAGGGCGCGUGGGACACCCAGGCCCGACGGCUGCCGAGCCCCCCCGAGGGCCGCCCCGACACCUUCGGCCACAGGAUAAGCGAGGACCUGUCGCACCUGGACACGGAGUCCUCCCCGCGGAAGAGCAACAGGCGCUGGUCGAGUCAGGUUCCUUCCCUGCACUUCUCGUCGGCGUCGAGCGGCGCGCACGGCAGCUUCCCCCAGCGGCCCUACGAGGAGCAGAACAGCCGCUGGCACAACAGCCGCGCCGGCAGCGCCAGCGGCAACGAGAGGUCCUCCACCAGGUUCCGCAACUGGGACCGGGAGGAGCGGCCGAGCACCUCGCCGCGCCCGAGCUACGUCGACUACAACGCCCACGAAUACCCUCCCCGAGGCUCCUACAACUACCCGUCGAGGGCGCGCGACCCGGUGAGUCGCGGCGGCGAUCCGUACAGCAACCCGGCCUCCAGGGGCGAGCCCGCUCUGCUGACCAUCCAGCAGAUUAAGCAGAUGAUAAACAUUUCAUCGCAUGACGAGUUCUUCGAGUUGCUGAAGAAGAGAGGGAUCGGCUUCAGCCAGCUCCUCGAAUACAUGAACCGCGGCGCCAACGAGGAUGAGGUCCUGCAACUCCUCGGAUACCAGAGGACCACAACGACCACACAGCCUCCGGAGGCGCGUCUGCCGCAGACGCGACUGGAGGACGAGCACGGAGGCGAUGCCUUCGACUCGCAGGCCGACUCGUCCCUGUAUUUCGGCGAGGGCGCUCACAGGGCGUCCCAGGGAAGCCCCUUCAGGGGUGGCGCUCAUUUGGCCAGGGACGAAGUGAUGGCCGGCGAGGCGGCCAGCAGUGGCGAGGAGAGGAGGAGGAACAGGAAGGAGAGGAAGAGGAAGGGAAAGAAGAACAGGAGAAGAAAGGGAAAAGGUGGACGCAAACAGCGGCUCCCGGACCUUGUCUACACGACAGACAUCUUGCCAGUGGACGGCGCCCAGGGCUCCACGAGCGCAGCCGGGGCGGAAUUCGGCCCACCGUCCUCGGGAACUCCAGAUGUCGGCUCAAACUUCGAUCGAGCCACGCCCACGCAGCAGCCGGAUGACGCCCGUCCUUCCACGUCCGCUGCAGCGGCCGUCCUGCCAGGCCCGAGCCCGAACCAGCCCGCGGCGCCGCCCAGCUCGACCUCGCAGCCGGGGCCCUCCUCGCCGCAGCCGGGGCCCUCCUCGCCGCAGCCGGGGCCCUCCUCGCCGCAGCCGACCCCCUCGGAAGAAAUCCCCGACGCCACCCGCUUCCCCGUCGUCCCCGCGGAGGCCAGCGCGACGCAGACCCUGUCGACGACGAUGCAAGUCUUCCCCGAGCCGCCCGUCGUCGUCGCUUCAGCCACCCCUUCAGCUACCACCCCAGACGUCGCCCUCCCGCUGCCUACCUCAGGGCACGUCGCCGACGACGCGCCCACGACCACCGCCAGGCCGCCCCUCAAGAAAUCCGACCCCGCACUCACGCCGCGGUCCUCCUCCAGCACGCUCCCCUCUCCGCCCGGAGACCCCUACGCCGACGACGUGACCUUCCCGCCGGGCAUCAGGCCCUCCGAGGUCUCCAUCCACUCCAUCACGGUCAUGAAGGUUCCCGAAGGCGACGAGACUGUCCCCGAGGUACUCGCGCCCGCCAGCAGGAGACCGGUACACCGAAGGCCCGUCGUGAAGGCGCACUUCCCGACCGAGCGCAACACCUCCCGCUUCACCACCACCAGCCUCGAGGAGCCCGAGUUCGAGAUCGGAAGCCGGUCCAUUCUGGUGCAGAACAUACCCCAGGACGAGUACCAGUUCCCGAUCAAGGGCCUCCUGAUCAUCAGCGGCGUCCUGGGGGCCAUGGCGGUCUUCACGCUGGUCAUCCUCAUCUCGUACUGCAUCAUCAAGUGCUCGAAACCCCCAGCCGUCAACAACUACCGGGUCACGGAACAGAAGCCCGUGGCCCAGUGAGAAGGACGUCGCCAGACAUCUUCCCUUUGCCUCGCCUCUCCCUUUUCCCUUUCUUCCUCGCCCUUGUCUUUCCCUUUUCCCUUUUCUUCCUCUCCCUUUUCCUUGUCUUUCUCUCCCUUUUCAUUAUCUUCCUCUCCUUUUCCUUUUCUCUCCCUUUUCCUUCUCUUCCUCCCCCUUUUCCCUCUCUUCCUCUCCCUAUUUUGGAAGCCUAGAUUUUAGUGUCAUAUUUCCAUAUAUUAUAUUGUAUACAAACGUAUGUUAAGUUAUAACUUAUUCUUAUAGUAAUAGUAAUUAAUCCUCAGUGAAAAAAAGUAACCCUGAACUGUAACAUAUGCAUCGUUGUAAGUGAGAAAUAUUGAAAAAGUGUUCUUAUUAAGAAUAAGCGUCGAAGAAUUAAUUAUUGACGAUGGUAAGUAGUUAUCAUUGUCAGCCAGAUAAGAAUACUCUAUUCCUUUUGGGUAAUGACUGUUAUCUGUAAUAUCUAAUGUACAUAAUUCAUACGUAAGAAUAAAAUCCCUUUUGUAAGAAAGAA